GAUUUGAAAAUGUUCCAAGUUAAAACUGAGAUCGAAGUUGUGUGCCAACACCUCUUUACUCAGACAGCGAGUCCUUGAACGAUCCAAAGGGCCUUUCCACUUGCUGUUUUGACGUGUAGGCCGUUCCUGCCACUUGGUCAUCCACUUCCCCCGACGCAACGACGAACCGACACACUCAUACACAAGUUGUGGAGGCACAAUGCCAAGUACGGGGUGUGCUGGUGUGCCACGGCACCUUUCAUGGUCUUUCUCACGUGACAAUCGAGCAAGAUGCGAGCUCAAAAUAAUAGCUGCUGAUACUGCUAAUGCUACUACUAUCACCACUACCAACACUAGAGCUUGGUUUCCUAGGGUCCUUCGCGCUCGGUGGCCUUGCUGAAGCGCGUGGUGGCGUUUCUUGCCCUACAAUGACUGUUGCCUGGCUUCAUAUGACUGCUGUUCGACCAUGGACAUGGCAUAGGAUUUCAUUUUGAUGGUCCGAUAACUACUUCUUCUAUGGUGAAGUAUUACCUGAGACUAUUUUAGUUGAAUCAAACGACCUAGCCCACCAGGGCAUGUUUGGGCCUUGUUUGGCUACUCAAAGAGUGCCCCUAGUAAGAGCGGAGCUGCAGUGGUGUUUUGGAACAAUUCAUGACGAGUGGAAAGAAGCAUCACGUUCCUUUACUAAAGUGGGUGUGUCUUGCAGACGACCCCAAGUACUGUAGGUUAUGUCCAACUUGGCUGCCCCGCCCCGGAAGGGCGCAUACUCGAAACACGUUCAAGCUCUCCACAAAGACCAACUGAUCAAGCUUCAAGCUAAGCAUGGACAAGAAAUUGAUCUUCUGGAAGACAUUCGAACCUUUACCAAGCACAAGAUUGCUUUGGAAAAGAGUUACGCGGAAGGACUUCUCAAACUGAGCAACUCGCACCUAAAUCACCGUUUACCAACCAUCCCGGACAUCCAAAAAGGAGAAAAUGAGCAGAAUCAGGAGGUUAAUGUCUACAACAUCUGGAGAAAAGUGCUCGAUGAGAAUGAGAAAUUGGCGAAAGCCCGCUUGGCCGCCAUUCAAGUCUUCCAGGAGGAGGUUGAAAAAGAUGCCAAGGGUGUAAGGACACAGAAGCAGGCGAAAACUAAGAAAGCCUUCGAAAAACUCAGUUAUUACCAAAAGGAUCUUCAUUCGUGCAUUGCAGAGUUGGAUAGAACCAAACGCAUCUAUUUCAAUGAAGAAUCCGAGGCUGAGGAUGUCCGGGGAAAGGCCAAAGAGGCCGAAGACAGAAAACAAGGCAAGAAGCGUGAUAUGAAGAGCUUGUUCCAAUCAAAAACAUCCCUUCGGAAGCACGCUGGAAUUCUAUCUGCCAAACAAGACGAAAUCGAAAUCCGAUCAACUGGAGCUAGAAAUGAUUACAUCCUCAGCUUGGCUUCUGCUAACGCCUAUCAAGAUUUCUAUUACAAAAGAGAUCUAGGAGAAACUAUGAGGAAUCUGGAAGGAAAUUUUUACGACAAAGUCUCUCAAUAUUUGAGCACCAUAGCGCGAACCGAAUUGUUAACUUGUUCAGCAAUGCACUCAUCAUUCUCCACCAUUCGCGAUCAUGCCACUUCUAUAACGAGGAUAUACAACUAUGAAUGCUACACGAAAGUCUAUCCCUCCCUAGGGCAACACAUAACGUAUGAACACGAAACUCCGAGUGGGGACGAAGUACGGAUCAUAACUCCAUCUGAACAUGAUGGUGGUUACAGUCUGAACUAUGAAGCGAGGCAAAAUGCGUCCAAGCUCAAUCAGGCUGUUAAGACCAUAAAAGCAUACCAUAAACGGAUCAAAGCCUGCCACUAUCACAAGAGCAAAGGCUUGAAAAAGGAGCCCAAUGACACAGGUGGCCCAGGCCUAGACGUGAAAAUUGCAGAAUUGGAACUGGCUAUAAGAAAUGCUGAACACGAGAAGGCCAAAGCAGAAGCCCGCUUGGCCAAAUUGCGAGAAGGUGGCAUUGCCGUUGAUGAGUACAUUGAUGCCUUUGUGUACAGUUUUGACAAUGAGCAAACGCAAGACAACGUACAACAACCCCAAGAUCAAGAGCAGCAACAAGAUACCAGACAAAAUCCUGAUGCUAUGCAGGUGGAAGAAGAGUGGCCUUCUUCUCCCAAAGAAGAACAAUACCCCCCAGUGGAGAAUCAUCAGAUUGAAGAGUAUGUUCAAUCGAACCCGGUUGACGACGACCCGAGUGUGGGUUGGGCUGAUACACCCGCGUGGGGUGGUAAUACAAGGCAGGAGGUGGUUACGGACGCAGACCAGGGAUGGGCUCAAUUUGGCAAUCAGGCUGAAGUCCAAGGUGCAUCAGAGGUGGGGACUGAAGCUCCAAUCGAUGGUCAAGUUCAAAACCUUGAUGAGAAUUGGGCCGAAAACACCGAGGUUCCUGCGUCUUCUGAGCCCAAUAUUGCUCGAGGCGUUGCUAUGUUCGCAUUUGAUGCUCAGAACGAGGACGAGUUGACCGUCCAAGAGAACGAGGAGAUCAGUGUACUCCUGGACGAAUGCGACGAAGAAGGGUGGGUCAUGGGCAUGAAUGCGGAUGGCCAUCGUGGAUAUUUGCCUCAAGCGUACAUUCAAUUGGAUGGACAAGAAAUCCCCGUGGAUGCCACUCAAUAUGAACAACAAUAUGACGAGCAAGUAGCACCCGAGGAAGGAAAUGACUUUGCCGUCGACAACAAUAUCUAUCAAUACCAAGAAACUUACACAAACACUGCCAAUGGGUCUAUGGCCAGACAAGAUUCUUUUCAAUCGCAAUCGGGAAGUGUUCAGCGACAGGACAGUUACGUCUCUCAAAGUGAAAGUAUCUAUCGACAGGACAGUCUUGCUUCGCAGAAUGAAGUGGUUCGUCAAGAUUCUGUCACUUCCCAAGGGAGCAAUGGGAGUUGGGGAGCGUCUGCUUUCGGCUAUCCUCCUCAGAUGGAGCCCAUUCCUGAACAAGGAGAGGCUGCACAACCUAUUAUUCCAGACCUACAACCAGAUGUUAGUUCUCCUGAAGAUGAAUCUUCUGACGAAUUCACGGAAUCAUUGAGCAUGGUACCUCCAGGUCCUCCACCCGGUCCUCCACCUGGUCCACCACCAGGCCCUCCUCCGGGCCCCCCUCCUCGUCCAACGACGCUGCCACCGACAGGUCCUCCUCCAUGUCCUCCGCCUAGACCCCCUCCCCGUGCUCCAUCUGUGGAAUCACAGGCUUCCUUAAAAAACUCUCGCCCACCCUCGAUUAGUUUGAGUAUGUCGAUCAAUGAUUGCAAAGAGUUUUGUAAGGCUCUCUACGAUUAUGAAGCAACUGGCUCCGACGAAAUCUCCUUUGAGGAAGGAGACAACAUAAGGAUUCUAAAACGUUGCCCUAACGGAGUAGAUGACGGUUGGUGGCUCGGAGAAAUUGAGGGACGCAUUGGACUGUUUCCAUCCAUCGUGGUCGAGGAAGUCACGGAUAGUUCAGGAACACCGGAUGCAAGCUCAAUCACUUCGCCGCCUAGUUUUGCUCCCCCUCCAUUCUCACCUCCUCCACCUAUGACGGCACCUCCGGAGAAAGUUGAGUUGGAUCACGACGAAGCUGAAGCUGAAAUAGAGACAAGCAUUCCAAAAGAGGUCACAGAGGUUCAAAAGCCAAUUCAAGAGCCAGUCCAAGAGGUUUCAGAGACCAGCGUAGACAUAGUCAAUAAGGAAUCUGAGGAACCAAUUGAUAACGCAAUGUGUAAGCCCGUUGUGCCUUGUGUUCAGAUCUCAAUUGAUGAAGUUCCAGACAUUCCAGUUGAUGACGAUGCUACGGAUAAGUUCUACCAAGGCGCUGCUGAGCCAUCUCAACCCAAAGCCGAAGUGGAUUGUUCCAACAAUCUGGAUUCCAUGGAGAUUGUAGUAACAGCCCCAACCCCGACGAUUCAAUCACCAGAAGAAAAGUCUGUAACGGAAACAUUGCAUAAUAGCUCAGAUAUUAAAGAUGCCUUAGAAGAUGUUCAGCAACAACAGGAGGAUUCAAAUAACACGACAUCAAUUGACAAUGCAAAUGAAGAGUCCAUGUCGGCCUCAACCGAAACUGAGCCUCCUUCAUUGCCCCCUGCAUACCCGGUAGAGGCUUCAUCAUCUCCAAGCUCACCUGAAUCUUCAGGCAAUGUCUCGGUCAAAGAAGUGCCAUCCACGUCUCCAUUCACAACGGACUUCACGGCGGACUUCACGGCAAACUUCGCCGCCGAGUUUCCCCCUCCACCACAAAUUACUGAAAUAGAAACAAAAACCGACAAACGCGAGUCAGAGGGUAUGAUCAGUGAUCAGUCGUCGAUGAAAUCCAGUGCGGUUGACCAGAUCGAUGCAACAAUUGGCUCUGCUCAGUCAGUGUCAACAGCAGGGCGCAUUCUUGAGCGCAAGUCAUCUUCGGACUCUUCCGUCUCGUCCGGCGUGUCUUCAAAGCGAAGUUCUUUGGGCAAGGAAAAGGGGAGCUCAAGUUCCGAGAGCGCAGGCCAACCAGACCCAGUUUCCUCGAGCGAAUCUGAGACCGAAUCAGAGAUGACAGUUCCACCCGAGAAACUGGAACUUCGACAACUCAAAAAAUUAGAUAGCAUGAAGGAAUCCACAGCCUAAUGAAUGACCCCCCAAGAGGGCUAAACGAAUUCAAACGAAUUUCAUUUUUCCAAUCCUUCAUUCAACUGCUUCUUAUUGCCAAGCGGCAGCCCACUCCAAAGGGGGCGUGUUAAUGUCUUGUUAAAAUAAUAGUAAGUCCCAUCUAUCAAGCGCCAAAAAUCCUCAACAUAUUACUUCUAAUGUUAGUGCUUAUUCGUGGAAUUGAAGUAUCACGAGGAUCUUUUAGCGACCUUCUGGUGUGUUUCGCACCAAGUUACGUUUUGAUGGAAAAAAUCAACCAAUCGCAUCUUUUGAAACGAUAAUCUUGUGAACAGUGUCAGAAAACUUAUGCCCAAAGUUGAAAAGAGAUUUAAACGCCUUUGUCUCUGUCACUGCUUGCAUGACCAUAAUAUAAUUGAUGAAUAAACGCUUAUUAACGUUG